CAAUGGGUUUCGAGGAAAUGUACAAUAUCAAGGAGGAAUGCCCGACAACCGUUUUGAAAAAAAAUGAGGUCACCAUCAUUUCUCCGAAACAGAACAUUGUACGAAUAUGGAAUUUAUUCAUCGCCCUAACAUCGUUGGUGGCUGUGACAGUGUCUUUAUUUGAGCUGUUCUUCAACUCCGCUAUCCCUGUCGUUGUUGGGAUAAGAUACUGCCUGGAUGUGAUCUUCCUGUUGAACAUCAUCUCACGCUUUUACAUUGGAUAUGAAAGUAAUGGUGUCGUCAUAAUCGAUUCUAAACCAGUGCAGAGAAAAUAUCUCCAAACAUGGUUUAUCAUGGACCUGUUGGCUGUUCUUCCCUUUGAGACUCUGAGAUACGCCUCGCCUGAAUUGCAUUUUAUGCAUAUCAAUCGAUGUCUAAGAGUCUUACGGCUGUUUGACAUAAUAUCGUCCUUUGGAAAAGAACCUGACACCAACAAGAUACAUGUUGCAGUCCUGAAUUCCUUUUCUAUUGUUGUCCUCUGUGUUCAAGUCUCUGCGUGUGCCUGGUACAAUCAGGCGUGUAUUGCUGCUCAUGGUGGCCAUCCAAGGGAGUGUCCAAAAGAGGAGAACUGGUUACAGCUGUUGCCAGAGUUUUCAACCAAUUUGACUGGAGUAACAGAUUUUGAGUUUUACGCCACGUCACUAUACUGGUCUGCAAUAACUCUAUGUUCUGUGGGCUAUGGAGACAUACAUGCUAAGAAGAUCCCGGAGGUUAUGGUUGCCUCACUGGUAAUGGUGGUUGGUUUAUUUGCCUUCAUUGGAGUCAUCGCGACUGGAAUGAGCUCCAUCAUUAGCAAUCUGGAUGCCCGGAGAGGAAGGUUCUGCCAUCGAAUGGAGUCCAUUUGUCUUCAUAUGAAACAAAUGGGAUUGCCAGAGGAAGUUCAAACAUGGGUGCAUAAAUAUUACUAUUAUCUGUGGACGCAUCGCAAAGGCAGUAUAAUCGCUGGCCUACUGGAUGACCUUCCUUUUGCGCUACAUUCAGAAAUAUCCUCUGCUUGUUACAAACCUCUGAUGAAAAAGACAACCCUGUUUCAUGAUACCGAAGAUGGCUUCAAAAGAGCUUUGUCACUUAAAUUCAACACCUACACAUACAGUCCUGGACAAAUUUUGGCAAAGCCUGGAGAAAUCAAUCAAAAUGCAUACUACAUUGAACAUGGAGUGGUGCAGGUAUUAGGAGAUAAUUAUUGUGACAAAGUUGCCCGUUUGCUGCCUGGAUCGUUAAUUGGAGAGGCUUAUCUGAUGUACAGAAUUCCGAGAAACACUACGAUUUGUGCAGCAACAUUGUGUGAAAUUUGUGUGUUGGAACGCAGUGAUCUUCUUGCAUUGUUUGCGGAUUACCCAGAAGCUGGUUUGAAGAUAGCAAGAACAGCUCAAAAACGGCUGCAUAAUGUUAAGCAUCCUAUUAGGGAAGCCUUUGCUCUAGGAGUGGCAUCGAACCCCCAGAAUGUGGUUUUUCAGAAGGAUUUAAGUGUAAAUCUGUUGUUUUUUAAAAAUGGCUUUACAGGCUUUUACAACGAAGGAUGGGGUGCGCUCUAUCUUACAAUCAGCUCGUUGGUUGAUUUUUUUGCCAUUAUCGACAUAUUUGUGAACCUCCGCACAGAAGUUUUUACAAAAGAUGGCUAUCAAGCUGACAUAAUGGGUAUUUUUGACAACUAUCGAAAAUCUUGGAAUCUGUAUUAUGACGUCCUGGCUGUUUUCCCUUUGGACUUCUUCUCUUUUACAACAAGCGGAGAAGCACAUUGGAGAGUUUUAGGCUAUGUCCGAUGGAAUCGUCUUAUUUGGAUUCGGAAGGUGUGUUUGUUUUUCAACAAAAAAGAAAAUGACAUGGAUAAGAACCUGUUUGAGCUAAGAACGGCUAAAUGUCUUUUCCUCCUGAUUUUCUCUGUGCACUGCUGCUCUGGAGUAAUGUAUCUCACAGGCUGCAAGGACUUCAGAUGUGAUGAAGAGUCAUGGGCCUGGAACACAGGACUGAAAGCCAGCCAUAGCAACUUGUAUCAUUAUAUGAUUUCUGUUUAUUGGACCACAACAAGCAUGACAACCAUUGGAUAUGGUGACAUUGUUCCCAGCACUAUGAAAGAGCGACUUACUGCUGUGUUUGUUUGCUUCAUUGGCUUGUUUGUCUUUAACUACAUUAUCAGUCAAGUCUAUGCCACAUUGGCCAGUCACAAUGCUGCCAGGGUUACAUUUCAGAAUCUCCUCUCAGCUAUGACCAACUUCAUGGAAAGCCAUGACCUUAGUUUAUCUCUUCAAACAAGGGUCACUGAGUAUAUGAGUCUUCUUUGGUCAAAGUACCAGGGUCAAGCAUACCCAGGAGGCCAAUUUUUAAUGCAUGACUUGCCAAUCGAACUUCAACAGAUUGUCCUGAUGAAAGAGAGAGGGAGGUUCUUGUCAAAGAUUCCUUAUUUCGAGCAAGCUGGACAAGCGUUUAUUCGGGAUCUCGCAUCAACCUCUGUCAUGUAUUUCUUUCCCAGAGGGGAGAUCAUCCAGUACAGUGAAACUAUUACCAGAGAACUAUUUUGCAUUCGAAAAGGGACUUGUCAGAUUCUAAGUGAUGACUUGUCUGAAAUUGUUGGACUCUACGGUGAAGGAAUGUAUUUCGGAGAGGCUGGAUUUCUGUUUGGAAAACAAGCUACAAUGACCGUCCGUGCAAAGACUCAUUGUGAGAUAUUAGUGAUCGAUUUUGACAAAAUUAGAUCUGUUCUGGAGAGAUACCCGGUCAUUGAAAGCCAAAUUACAGAAUUGCAAUCAACACCAGGGUAUUACGACACUUUAUUGCAAAGCGUUGAAGAAAUUAUGAAGUCUGAGGAACAGGAUGAUGACACACUAAAGAAGAAAGAUGCCUCGUUGACAUAUCAAGGUCGUCGAUAUGCCAAGAAGUCAAAGUGUUUGUAUAUAAUGAGGAGUGCCAUUUUGCCUAGCAAUCCACUGUACAUCCGAUGGGAAUGUUUCCGAUUUGUUUUGGCCAUAACGGUCAGCAUCAAUAGCUCUCUUCUUUUUGCUUUUCUCCACUACAAAAAGGAACUCUGGAUUUUGUCCUACAUUCUGGGCCUUUUUUGCUGGAUUGACAUGUAUAUCCGUUUGCAUGUUGCUUUUUACAAGGACAAUCUCAAAGUGGACACGCUGGAAACGGCAAAACACUAUGUGAAGACAAGCUUUCUAAUAGAUCUCAUCAGCUGUUUUCCCUGGGAAGUUAUUGGCUGGAUGGUGGUUUCCCCUUUUGAUGAGAAUGGAUUUUACUCAAACAGUGAAGCGCUGCACCUAUAUGCAUAUCUCAGAGCCCCACAUCUUCUCCAGUUAUAUCGGAUUCCUCUUGCAUUUUCAUUCUGGCAAUCAGGGAUUGCAACCGAAAAGACGAUUGUCACAUUUGCUAAGUUCUUUCUGUAUAGCGUCCUUUUUCUUCACUUCAGCACUUGCAUCGUUUUUGCAAUUGUAUGCCCUCCAGCAGACUUGUUUGGUGACACAACCAAUUACUUAUUGCCUAUGAUAAAGCACAACUGUUCAUCACAAUCCUGGGUGUAUCACAUGGACUACACGUUUAACGUAGUGUACGAAACGGCUACCUUCACAGAACUGUAUUCCAUAAGUUUAUAUUUUGCUACUGCAACUCUCAGUGGUGUAGGCUAUGGUGAUAUACAUCCUUAUCUAACCUCUAUGAAAAUGACCAUGGUCUUCAUAAUGGUGUCUGGAGCAUUGUAUUGUGGUUAUGUGGCUGGUACAUUUGCUGCUAUGUUAGCCAAUGCAGAUGCUACAAGGGCAGCUUUUACUGAGAAAAAGGAAAGCAUACAACUAUUCUUGAAGAGUCAGAACAUUACAGGGGCUCUAUAUCACAAUACUGUGAACUUCUAUGCUUUCAAAUGGAUAAGAACGAAAGGAAUAGACCAAGACACACUGUUUGAGUAUUUGCCAUCGUCUCUACUCGGAGAUAUAUCUACCAUUAUCUACUCUGACCUUAUUGCAAAGGCAUUUGGACUUGAUAUCAAGAGGAAGCAGCGACGGAACUCAGUGGCACAACAUUUAUCCCCACUCGAGAGAACAUUAUCUGGAAAGCUUGAUGGACCCUUUUUUCACAAAAUUCUGAGGAAAGAGAGUGUGGACCAAUUGGAAACAGAUGGAGGAUUCAUUCGGUUACUAGCUAGACAGAUUCGACCGUGCCUUUACAGAGCUAAUGACCUGAUAUGCAAAAGAAAUGACUUUGGAUCUGAGAUGUAUUUCAUUGAAAAGGGAGAAGUAGAAGUCUUGUCACAGGACGAGUUGACUGUUAUCAUCAAACUGAAUUCGGGACAAUACUUUGGAGAAGGGAGCCUUCUGUUUGCAGAACCUCGUGCAACCACAAUAAGGGCUGCCACAAAUUGUGAUCUGUAUGUCCUCUCCAAGAAAAGCCUUGAUGAAACUGUCAAAUACUAUCCAGACAUUUGCAAACAGAUAAAGAAAGCUGCAGAAACGAAACGUGAACAGCUACUGCAAAGAACAAUGGACAUGUCAAAAGUUCAGAAGAAUGUUUCAGCAACUGACAUACUUAUGAAUGACACAGGAUGUAAGUUGGCUGGCAUUACUUCAAAAAUAUUGCUAUAUUCAUGUGUUGAUGAAAUAGAAAGUCCUGCAAAAGCAAUUCUAUGUAACUUUUAUAAGUAUUUUUAUAAUUGUAGCUUUUAUGGGUUGCACCAUUUAUACAUGAGCCAUUUGUUUCGUCCAUCAGAUAUAAAGCUUUACAAGCACUGCAUGGCAGAAGAGGAAAAUAAAGCAAAGUUUAAAGACUUCCCAUUUCAUGUCCGAAUUAAGACAAGCAUCACUCAAUUCUUGAUCAGUUUUCUGUUGAACGUCAUCAGAAUCCACAACACAACAAUCAAUCCGGAGAGCACAGUACGUGUUGUGUAUCAGUACACAUCUUGCCUUCUGAUCAUCAUUCUGUUUUGGGCGAUAACAUAUAUGAUCAUUUUGAAAUUUCAUAUUUGUUUCUACGAUGAAAGUGGAUCAUACAUCUCAGACUACAGAUCUGUGUCACUGAGCUAUAUGACGAGGAAAGUGGGAUACAUUUAUGAUGUCAUAUGCUCAUUCCCAUAUGCAUUUACAAUUUUGCAUCUCAUGAAUCAAGUGUCACCGACAACAUUUCUGCCCAUAAUAGUAUAUGUUCGCACUUUUCAUCUACUCCGGAUUCUGACUGUACUUGUCUUCAUGCACAAGGAGGAGCAAUCCAUCAUAACUAACUUGCUUGCCAUACGAAUCAUCAAGUACUUGGUCCAUGCAAUCCUGUUUGUCCACUGUACCGCAGUUUUAUUUCUUUUAUUUGCUUUGCAUGGUGGCUUUAAAUCGUGGGUUGUCAACACAGAAGUGUUUUACCUCCCUGAUAUUUACACCUACUCCGUAUAUUGGACUUUAGCAACUUACACAACAACAGGCUAUGGUGAUAUCCGUGCAGUGACAUACAGAGAAUUGUUAUUCUCCAUUUUGAUAAUGAUUCUUUCCAAGAUGCAAGUCAGUUAUAAUAUGGGACUUCUCUCAUCCACUCAAACAAACAAGCAAUCACUUCAAGUGGCGUAUGAAGAGAAACUGCAGGCAGUCCAAAACUACAUGAUGGAUGAAAACAUUCCAUCAGCGCUGCAAAAUCGCGUAAUCCGAUUCUACAAUUACCGAUGGACACGCACCAAAGGGAUAGAUUCAGAAGAAUUGUUCAAAGAUACACCUCAUUGUAUGAAAGUUGAAAUUUUCUCAAGAAUAAGCGUGAAUCUACUGAAGAAAAAUCAGCUCUUCACUCACCUCUCAGAAACAUUCCUGCGACACUUGGCAACGAAAAUGUUGCUGAAAAGCUACACCUCUGGGGAAUACAUCAGUAGAAGGGGAGACUCUGGCCGUGGCAUGUUGCUGAUCCUGAUUGGUAAGGUGAAACUUUGCUCAUGGAGAACUGGAAAGGAGGCCAUUGAGUAUCUUACAACUGGAGCCGCCUUGGGAGUUGACUUGCUGCUGAAAUCCAAGUUGUAUAGAUACACUGCCAUUGCUGAUAACUAUGUGGAUAUAUUUUUCCUGUCGAAAGAGCACUUUGAAGAAGUUGGGUCGUAUUACCCAGAUGUCAUGAAUAAGCUGCUAAAGAGAGCCUCAAACGUUAUCAACAUGUACUAACUGACUAGGUACCCCUUUUCCCUACUAAGGUAUACAGG